AUGAAACCAGUAAAACUCAAAGAACAUCUUGUUUCGUUACAUCCUCAACAUGCAUCAGAUAAUUUGGAAGUCUUUCAAACAAAAAAGGCGCGUUUUGAAAAAGGUGGUACAUUAACCAAACUUGGAUUUGUACCUCCACAAAAACCAUGUCUCGAAGCAUCUUACAAGGUAGCGUGCCGCAUUGCUAAAAAUAAGAAACCACAUACUAUCGGAGAAUCAUUAAUAAAACCACGUGCAUUAGAAAUGGUAGAAUUGGUUUGUGGUUUAGAACAACGAAAAAAAAUUGAAGCUGUACCAUUGUCAAAUGACACUAUUCACUCCAGGAUCUCUGAUAUGUCCAAUACUAUUUUAGAGCAAGUAACUUCAGAAUUAAAUUCUACCCCUUUUCCAUUUAGUAUGCAACUGGAUGAAAAUAUUGACAUUUCUCAAUGCAGCCAGUUAUUAGUUUUUGUGCGUUAUAUGUGUUCUGGGACUAGUAAAGACGAAUUCCUAUUUUGCCAACCACUUUUGGAAAGUACAUAG